AUGGUUACCACUCUCUCUUCUCGCACUGUUACUCCUGCUGCUCCUACACCCUCUCUUACCUUACCUUCCUCCUUGUGUGAACAAAUCAAGCUUCCCACUCACGCACCUCUCCUCUACGUCUACAAAUCCAAUACGCCUCGUCAACAUCUUCAACCCCAUCACAUUCUAGUCACUUCUCUCAGCCAAGCUUUGGUUCCUUACUAUCCCCUUGCCGGCAGAUUGUCUUGGUCCGCCGCCGGGGGCUAUCGAUGGGAACUCCGUUGCAACGCCCAAGGAGCUCACUUCUAUCAAGCCUAUUGUCACUCUACUUUGGAUGAUCUGGGUGACUUUGCGCCUGCCCAAAUCGUUCAAGAACUCAUCCCAGACAUUGACUAUAGUUGUCCCAUCGAACAAGUUCCCCUGCUAGCAGUGCAACUCACCAGAUUUUCAUGCGGCGGUCUCACCGUCGGCGUGGCCAUGUGUCGCGCUGUCAUUGACGGAACCGCCGCCAUGCGUUUCGUCAACUCAUGGGCUAAGUUAGCCAGAGGAGAGCUUCUGGGUUCAACCGAAAUGCCAUUCAACGAUCGAACAGUGCUAGAUUCAUGCAAACUGAAUAAGACGCCACGUUUUGACCAUUCCGAGUUUCGCCCACCCCCACUUUGGGAAGGUCGCCGCUUAGAAGGACCAGAGCACGAAACUAACACGGCUGUUCUUGCUUUGAAGCUCACGAGAGACCAAGUCAACAAACUGAAGAGGAAAGCCAGCGACUUUGCUUCACCUAAUUAUAAACGGCCAUACAGCAGUUUCGAGGUGAUCUCGGGUCACGUAUGGAGGUGCGUCAGCAAGGCACGUUAUGCCGGCAACGACGACCAGCCAACGAGGUUGUCGACGCUGGCCAACUGUAGAAAUCGCCUCAAACCGCCACUUCCUAGUGGUUACGCAGGGAACGCAGCUUUUCCAACUGUUACCUCAACCUGUUCCUCUCACGACCUCAUGGAGAAGCCUUUGAGUUUUGCGGUAGGGAAUGUAAGGGAAGCACUAGAGAGGCUAACGGACGAGUAUGUGAGGUCUGCUCUUGAUUAUAUUGAGAGGGAGAAGGAGAUGAAGGUGGCGAGAUACAAUUUUCACUACCCUGCGAAGAGUGUAUAUGAAGGGGAAUUUAGGGGGAAUCCGAAUCUGUUUGUGGUUAGUUGGAUGAAUUUUUCAUAUCGUGAGGCGGAUUUUGGGUGGGGAAAACCGGUUUAUUUUGGUCCAGGCUUCAUGGAUUCUGAAGGGAAGGCUUUUGUUUUGAACAGCUCUGAUGGGGACGGCGUCGUUGUCGCCAUUUGUUUGCAGGCACUCCAUAUGGAUGCUUUCAGGAGAUGGUUUUACGAGGAUAUUGAGAAGGUCUUUCACAUCUCAAAGUUAUGAAAUUUAUUAAUCGAACCAACUGAUAUUGCUUUAUAUUUUGUAGGGUUAGGAACCAACUGGUUCCUAUUGCUUCAUAUAUUUGACCCAAUAAAAAAGGAUACUGCUUUAUAUGUUGU